UGGGAUCAGAAGACACACAGUUCCAGGAAGGAGACCAUGAUGGGUGCCCUGCUAGUAUGGAGUCUCUUGCUGUGCUCCCUGAUCCAGCCAGACUCUGCUUUAAUAAGGAUUCCCCUAAAGAAGUUCCAGUCAAUUCGCCGUACAAUGUCGGAAGCAAGUGGGGACUUGCGGAAAUUGAUUGCUGACCAGGCGAAUCAAAAAUGUAUCUCUGCCUUUCCCCAGGCUGGUAGUCCCACACCAGAAACCUUGCUGAACUACCUUGAUGCACAGUAUUAUGGAGAGAUUGGAAUCGGGACUCCUCCCCAGAAAUUUAUGGUGAUAUUUGACACGGGAUCUUCUAACCUGUGGGUACCAUCAAUACACUGCUCAAUACUGGACUUGGCCUGCUUGGUGCAUCAUAAAUAUGUUGACACUAGAUCAUCCACCUACGUGAAGAAUGGCACAGAAUUCUCCAUCCAGUACGGCAGUGGAAGCCUCUCUGGGUACCUGAGCGAAGACACUGUGACGAUCGGUAACCUGGCUGUAAAGAAACAGCUUUUUGCCGAAGCCAUCAAACAGCCUGGUAUCACAUUCGUGGCAGCCAAGUUUGAUGGCAUUCUGGGCAUGGGCUACCCUCGGAUCUCUGUAGAUGGUGCCCCCACUGUGUUUGAUGACAUCAUGGAGCAGAAACUGGUGGACAACAAUCUAUUUUCCUUCUAUCUGAACCGUGACCCGGCCUCUCAGCCUGGCGGAGAACUGUUACUAGGUGGCACAGACCCUAAAUAUUAUACCGGAGACUUCAAUUACAUGAAUGUGACCCGCAAGGCAUACUGGCAGAUACGUAUGGAUCAGGUGGCAGUUGGAGAUCAGCUCACUGUCUGUAAAGGCGGCUGUGAGGCUAUUGUGGACACGGGAACCUCCCUGAUUGCUGGGCCAGUGGAAGAAGUGAGAGCAAUACAGAAAGCAAUUGGAGCCAUCCCAUUAUUCAGUGGAGAGUACAUGAUUAUUUGUAGUAAAAUUCCAUCACUACCUGCGAUCACCUUCAGCUUUGGAGGGAAGGCGUACACCUUGACAGGGGAGCAGUAUGUACUGAAGCUGAGCCAGGCUGGCCAAACCGUGUGUCUCAGUGGACUUCUAGGCCUUGAUAUCCCACCUCCAGCAGGACCCCUGUGGAUAAUCGGGGAUGUUUUCAUUGGACAGUACUAUACAGUCUUUGAUCGGGCAAACGACCGUGUUGGGUUUGCUAAAGCCAAGUGAUCCAUGAUCUCCACCUAGGAGCAGUAACCACUGCAGAGCCUUCACAUCCUCAUCGAUGUGUAAAAUCUAGACAUUUACAUUUCUCUACAUGCACUUAUCACUGGGAGAUUUGCUAAUACUAUUUCAGACACAGAAUAAUUGUCAUAGAAAUAAGUUGCCAAUGUGGUUUACUCACUAAACACAGAGUUGCAGUGAAUUGAAUACACCGCUUCAGGCUAAAAUCCCCAAACUGCAACUACAGUUAAAGCUGAAUCCGUAUUGGCUUUUGAUUGCUAUAUUUUGCAAUUUGAUUUUCUAUUUACUACAUUUUAGUGAAUGAAACCCCAUUAUGAUUCCAUACUUAUUUAGUUCACUGCAUUAAUCAAUAAGGCUCCCAACUCCAACUUUUUUAUCUCUCUGCUGUGGAAACUGAUAAAGGAACAUUAUAGUGUCAGGAUACAAACACUAUAGCUCUAAUAGUGCCGCUGAGGUGGCCGGCCCCGCUCUUCCGGAAGUUGAAAAGUGUUUUACUCAACUUUUUGCAGCGCUGUGCGGGUCUUCUUUUGUAUGGCUCAACCCCCAAAAUUGACAAUCUCAGCCAAUCCAAUGCUUUCCCAUUGGAAAUUAUGGGAAGGUUAUUGUACAUGCGCAGCAAAACACUAUCUUCACCAAUCAGCAUCUCCCCAUAGAGAAGUAUUGAAUCAAUGCAUCUCUAUGUGGAGUGUUCAGCGUCUACAUACAGAGCACAUUGUGCAGCACUGACCCAGAAAGCACCUCUAGUGUCCGUCUGUGUGACUGCCACUAGAGGUGUUACCAGGCAGUGUUUACAUUAAAAAGCCUGCAGGGACAAGCAGUAGACCUCAG